ACGACGUCCAGCGCCAUGGGCAGACUCUCUAACAUCUCUCUUCCAGUGGGGAUGCGCGACGAGCACACGCUCACGGACGAGCAGGUGCAGAUGUACGCGAUGGAGAAGCUGAUGAACUUUCGUUGGAUCUCCAAACUCUUUGCAACUUGCGCACCGCACGGCCUGUCUGCCAAGGAUCUGGCGCCGAAAGAAGUGUCGGAUUAUUGCUCUGAAGUCGGCCAAUUUGCGGAGGUGGCUUACAGCGCCAUCCCCCUCGAAUUCAUCUUCGAGAAUCUCGAUGCUCUCAUGGAACCAACCCUUCCGCUGGAUAAAUACACAGCUCUCCGUGGGUCGCACCUGGUAGCGUCUUUCUUCGGGCAGACAGCACAUCUGCAGGGAUACAGCGCAUAUCGUCCGGAAACCAAGCAGCUGAUCCUCACUUUCCAGGGCACAGCCAGCCCCCACCAGGCCCUCUACGAUCUCCAGCUCGUGAUGCAUGAGCAUCCGUCGCAGCACGGCAGAGUGCAUGCCGGGUUCUGGAAGCUGUACCAGGGGGCGAAGCAGCCUGCGUUGGACGCCCUGCGCAAGGGCCUGGCCGAGCACGACGUCGAGGAGGUCGUGGUGACCGGCCACAGCAUGGGCGCCGCCCUCUCCCAGCUGUUCCUCGUCGAUCUCCUGCGCGAUGAGAGCCUCGCCCCGAUCGGCCGCAUCCCGAUCCGCCUGGUCGGCUUCGGCAGCCCGCGGUCCGGCACGCACACCCUCGUCGGGUUCUGGAAUGCGCUUGUUUCCGAGCGCCGCGGGAGGCACGGGCGCGAGUCUAUCGUCGAGUACGCCGUGAAGAUAUACAACGACGGGAUACCCGCCCUCCCGCCGCUGGCUCUUGGCUACCGGCAUUUCGCGCGGGCCCCGUACUACUUUGUGCAAGGGCGCCUCUACCGCGUUCCCGAGGCGCUGGCAGAGUACUCCCUCUUUGACGUUGAUUUGAGCGAGGACGCGGUCGAGCCUCCGUUGCAUCCGCGCGGCGGACACAACUACUACAACGGGCGGGACAUGGAACGCUUUGCUCGACGUAUCGGCUAUCUGGACAGGGCGAUGAAGGAGGUGGGAGACUGGAGAGAGAGAUAUAGAGAGCAGGUGGCCAAGCACGA